CAUGAAGUUAAGAAUCCACAUGCAGAGUUGUACUCUUCAAGAGAAAGAGAGAGUGUAACUGAGUUCUAGAGAGAGAAACUAACUCACUGAGUUAUAGAGAGAGAAACAAAAACCCUCAUGAUGGGCAGCUUUUUGUACGUCACCGUCCUACUUCUCGGCGUAAUCUCGGCCGUUCAUUCCUGCCCGCCGUCUGAUCGGGCAGCAUUGUUAGCUUUUCGAGCUGCCCUAAAUGAGUCAUCCUUGGGCAUUUUCAACACGUGGCAAGGUUACGAUUGUUGCCACGGAUGGUACGGGGUGAGUUGUGACCAGUUAACUCACCGAGUCGCUGACAUUAACCUUCGAGGCGAAUCAGAGGAUCCUGUCUUCCAAAAAGCUCACAAAACCGGUUACAUGACCGGUACGAUCUCUCCGGCGAUAUGUAAGCUAGAAAGGCUGUCUAGCCUUACUAUCGCCGAUUGGAAGGGCAUUACCGGCCCUAUUCCAUCAUGUGUUACGUCCUUACCAUUCCUCCGAAUCAUUGACCUAAUCGGAAACAAGCUCACCGGGCCAAUCCCUUCCGAGAUAGGUCGAUUGAGUCGACUGACCGUGUUAAAUGUAGCCGAUAACAGUCUUUCUGGUAGGAUUCCUCGUUCCUUAACCAACUUAUCAUCUUUAAUGCAUUUAGAUCUCCGUAACAACCGAAUUUUCGGAACCCUACCAACAAAUUUCGGAAAAUUAAGGAUGUUAAGUCGAGCUUUAUUGAGUGGAAACCGUUUAAUUGGAAAAAUUCCAUAUUCUAUUUCCUAUAUUUAUAGACUUUCCGAUUUGGAUCUUUCUUUAAAUAAACUCUCUGGUACAAUUCCACCAUCUCUAGGUAAAAUGCACGUUCUUGCUACAUUAAAUCUUGAUGGUAACAAUAUUUCUGGUACUAUACCACCAACGUUAAUUAAUUCUCGUAUCAAUAUUUUGAACUUGAGCAAGAAUUCAAUUGAAGGAUAUAUUCCUGAUUCAUUUGAUGAAAGAUCGUAUUUUAUGGUUAUGGAUUUAUCGUACAAUAAAUUAAGAGGAAAAAUUCCGAAAUCGAUUUCGUCGGCGACAUUUGUCGGUCACUUUGACGUUAGUCACAACCACCUCUGCGGCCAGAUUCCGGCAGGUUCUCCGUUCGACCACCUUGAAGCUUCGAGUUUUACUUAUAAUGAUUGUCUUUGUGGGAAGCCUCUUAAACCUUGUCAAAUGUAAUUCCUAGUAUUAGGUACAUUUUUAAAAAUAAUUUUUUAUUUUGUUUUUUGAGAUUUUUAACACUUUAUAUAUGGUGAAUAUGCUUGUAUUGUGUAACAGUAAAGAGUAAAAGAGUGUUUGGUAGGUAUGUAAGUUUAAAUAUAUUAUUAUUGUGCUUUGGGAUAUGGAAAUUUUAUUUUAAGAGUA